AUGACACCUACACUUGAUCACAUUGUCAUUCUGGUAUCGUACAAGACGUUACAAGAGCUGCCUAAGUUGCUCGAGAAUGUUCUCAUCGUAAUCGAUGGAGGUACCCAUGCAGAUGGCCGCACAGUCAACAAACUCAUCGAGUUCUCUGAUGGCGUCUAUAUCGAGCUCAUAGCGUUCCAGGAAGGUCUUGAUCCUGAACAGCGAAAGGCGCAUAGGUGGGGAGAGUUGGAAGAAAACACCAUCGUCGACUGGGCCUAUACUCUCCCUGACGAGAAGGACUUUGGCAUAAUACAAAAACAGGUGAAAGAAUCUAGUACCAAAGUUGUCUAUCACGACCCUGUCCCUGGAGGCCGCCUUCGACCAGAUGGGGUCGAAUUGAAGUGGUCCGUCGCAUCUGCCUACACGGUUUCUAGUCAACCUCUGCAGCCCGGAAAAGCUCCUUUCUGGUGUCUCGAUCGUACUCAAAGGCAUUUGCGCGUCCCGUACCAAAACGGCGACGGCUCUCAACCUUCCUACACCCAACAUCCGUCAAAGGCUACUGGCGUGUCUUCUGUUUCGGUCUUUGUACCUCAGACUGAUCGUGACACUAUCUCCCAAGUCUACAACGGCAUCCAUGGAACUUCAUCAGAGGAAGGCACUUGGCAUUUUAUUGUUCACUCGGGUUCAACACAGGGUAAACACCUUUUAACGUUGAAGAACAGCCAAGAUGAACAACGACACAUCCAUAUUACCCUUCUCGGUGAUGAUGACAGCCCCAGCAAUAUCGAAAUCGUGCCUGGUUUGACCGUGAGCAUUGAUUCUGGAGCACGAUGA